AGAUCUUAUAAAUAUAUAGUUGGUACCCUUAAUAUAAUUGUUACACUACACGCCAGGGCGGUAGUUCUGCUUCCCUUCGCCAUAGUCAUAUUUGUGGAAUUAUUCCCGGGCUGAAAAGAUUGAAGAAAAAGUUAUAUAGGGAACUGUUGAAAACAUACAAUGGAUUACUCUGUGUAAUUCAUGCAAGCGCUACAUAAUAGCGUAACUUUUGUUUUACGUAUGUACAAACGUUUUCAUAGCGUCUAGGGAUUGGACCCAAGUUAUAUUCCAAGUUUUCUGUGGAGUCUUUCUGAUAUCACUCCGCACUCUCCUUCUAUUCUGAUUCCCAUUCCUGAUCUCUCUGCACACACCUCUGUCUAUUCUGCGCACUCUCGCUCCCUGUCUGUCUCUUUCUGUUACCCUCUCUGUCCUCCCCCUCCCUGUGGCCAUGUGUGAUAAUGGUGAUCCCGAGGACAAGCCCCCUGCCCCCCCGGUCAGGAUGAGCAGCACCGUCUUCAGCACAGGCUCCAGCAAGGACCUGCUCUCAGCCAAUCACAGCUCUAAGCCCCUGCCCUCGGUUCCAGAGGAGAGGAAACCCCGCAAAAAGAUCAUCUCCAUUUUCUCAGGCGCAGAGAAAGGUGGUAGAAAGAAAGACCGGGACAAAGAACGACCAGAGAUCUCUCCGCCUUCAGACUUUGAACACACCAUCCACGUUGGCUUUGAUGCUGUCACUGGGGAGUUCACUGGCAUGCCAGAGCAAUGGGCACGACUUCUCCAGACGUCAAACAUCACCAAGUCCGAGCAGAAGAAGAACCCACAGGCUGUUCUCGACGUGCUCAAAUUCUAUGACUCUACGGGCAACGGCCGCCAGAAAUACCUCAGUUUCUCCUCCUCUGAAAAGGAUUGUUUCCCCGCAGGACCCCAGUCUCCGGUCAAAAAUGUCACGGAACCCUCAUCGACCAAUAUCAAGGACAUUGAUAAUGAUGAUGAUGAUGAAGCUCCCCCACCCAUUGUGGCACCACGUCCGGAAUACACUAAGAGUGUGUACACUCGCUCCGUCAUUGACCCCAUCCCCGCUCCAGCCGCAUGUCCAGAUGGAGACUCGGCCUCCAAGGCUGUAGACAGACAGAAGAAGAAGGGAAAGAUGUCAGACGAGGAGAUCAUGGACAAACUGAGAACUAUAGUCAGCAUUGGAGAUCCCAAAAAGAAGUACACGAGAUAUGAAAAAAUUGGACAGGGGGCUUCGGGGACAGUGUACACAGCCAUUGAUGUCGCCACAGGACAGGAGGUGGCCAUUAAACAGAUCAACCUACAGAAGCAGCCCAAGAAGGAGCUGAUCAUAAAUGAAAUUAUGGUGAUGAAAGAGUUAAAGAACCCGAAUAUUGUCAACUUCGUAGACAGUUUCCUGGUGGGAGAGGAGCUCUGUGUGGUGAUGGAGUACUUGGCUGGUGGCUCGCUGACUGAUGUGGUGACAGAGACCUGCAUGGAUGAGGCUCAGAUAGCUGCUGUCUGCAGAGAGUGUUUACAAGCACUGGAGUUCCUUCAUGCGAACCAGGUCAUCCAUCGUGACAUCAAGAGUGACAACGUGCUACUGGGGAUGGAUGGCUCUGUCAAGCUCACCGAUUUUGGUUUCUGCGCCCAGAUCACUCCAGAGCAGAGCAAGCGCAGCACCAUGGUGGGUACGCCUUACUGGAUGGCACCUGAGGUGGUGACCCGGAAGGCCUAUGGGCCAAAGGUUGAUAUCUGGUCCCUGGGCAUCAUGGCCAUUGAGAUGGUUGAGGGGGAGCCUCCAUACCUCAAUGAGAACCCGCUAAGAGCACUGUACCUGAUUGCUACCAAUGGCACUCCAGAGCUGCAGAACCCAGAAAAGCUGUCCCCCAUCUUCAGAGACUUCCUUAACCGCUGCCUGGAAAUGGAUGUGGAGAAGAGAGGCGGGGGCAAAGAGCUGCUGCAGCAUCCCUUCCUGAAGCUGGCAAAGCCCCUCUCCAGUCUUACACCUCUCAUCUUGGCUGCUAAGGAGGCCAUGAAAGGCAACCGUUAACCGAACAAACAACCAUGCCUUCCCAUACUGUGCCAGAUUUUAGGUUUUGUGCCAGACAAUAGACUGAGUGACACGCCCACUCUAUAUGCUCCAGCCUGAUAAGCCCUUACAAACCGCACUGUGAAGAAGACCAAAAACAUCCAGAGCUGGCCAUAUGAACUCUUUGAUUCUCACUCAAAUGUUUGAAGACCACUCAAAUGAAAGUGCUUAUGUUCAAAGCCAGGCUUCGUUAUUUUGUACAAGAAAACAUUUAUUUUGUGGGGGGCACGUUGGGGCUAGAUUUGUAUUUAACAUGGAAUGAAGAUAUCUAGUUCUUACUUUUUGGAAGAAAUAUUACUGCCUUAAACAAAUGUAAAACAUUGCCUAAUGUAUUGUUGAUUGUAUCAGAUUAUGUUUCUUUUCCCAUAUAUAUUUUGUUCCUUGUCGUUUUUACUUUCUAGCUUGUUAGUGUCCUCUUAGGCAUUUUGAUACUUGAAUUUCAUUUGUGUCCCCACUGUGAUCAUGUUAUGGGCCUCUCAUUUAAUGAAAACUGUUUAUCCCACCUGGUGCCACAUUUAAUCUUUGGUCUUUUCUCAUUUGUUAUAGGACAGACAUUUCAAAACAUUCCCAUGAUUACAGUGAAUAUGGUGAUAUUGAUGACGAUAUAGGGUUGCCUCAUUUGGCAGUGCUACGAGUGUUUUCCCUCCUGUAUCAUUAGUCCCUUGGUAGUAGAUGUGCACCUUAUGGGCAAAUUCAAUGGUAGAAUGACAGGGAAGUUCUUGCUUGUGCAAAUGUUCUUUGUUCUUAUAAUUUUUUUAAUCUAUAUUGUACACUUUUUGUGUAAUUUAGGACUGUAGCUUAGAAAUGUGCUUGUUCAUGUGUAUAUUGUGUACCUAACUAGACGGAAAACAGUGGAUAUCAGGCCCGGGUACCUUUUUUAUAGGCUAGAGAAGGCAAUGUAUAUUUACUGUUUAAUUUUUUCUAUUUGGAUGACUAACAAUCUGACAAUUGUAUGCAAAUUCAAAUAAAUGCAGCUGUUUUUGUCCUUA